UGGUUCCUCAAUACCACUUUCCCAAUUCUUCUCCUUCAUUUAUGUACCCUUUUCUCAGACCAAUAUAUCUUUACUCAAUCCAACUCCAUUAUUUACUUUUUCUUUAAAAUAAAAAAAAAGUUGGUUUCUUUCCUAUUUUUAUAACUAGGGUUUUUGUUGUGAGAGCAAUAAUAUAAUUUCAGGGUUUCUAUUUUUAGGUCUGAAGAAGAAUGGGGAGAGGAAAAGUGCAAUUAAGGCGUAUAGAAAAUAAGAUUAACAGACAAGUAACGUUUUCAAAGAGGAGAGGAGGUUUAGUGAAGAAAGCACAUGAAAUCUCAGUGCUUUGUGAUGCUGAAGUUGCUUUGAUUGUUUUUUCUCAUAAGGGAAAAAUCUUUGAGUACUCUUCUGAUUCUUGUAUGGAACAGAUUCUUGAACGGUAUGAGAGAUACUCAUACGCAGAGAGACGCUUGCUUGCAAGUAAUUCUGAAUCUUCGGUGCAGGAAAAUUGGAGCCUGGAAUAUGCUAAACUCAAGGCUAAGAUUGAUCUCCUACAAAGGAACCACAAGCAUUAUAUGGGAGAAGAUCUUGACUCAUUGAACCUAAAGGACCUGCAAAACUUGGAACAACAACUUGAUACUUCUCUUAAGCUUAUUCGAUCAAGAAAGAACCAACUCAUGCAUGAGUCAAUCUCUAUGCUACAGAAAAAGGAAAAGGCGAUCCAGGAGGAGAAUAACAUGCUAUCCAAGAAGAUUAAGGAGAAGGAUAAGACAGUGGGGCAGCAAGCUGAAUGGCAUCAGCAAAAUCAAGUUCCAAAUUCAGCAUCUUUCCUCCUACAACCACAUCCAUGCCUAAAUAUUGGAGGUAAUUACCAAGAGGAAGCAGAAGCAAGGAGGAAUGAGCUUGACCUAAAUCUUGAUUCCUUGUAUUCAUGCCAUAUGGGAUGCUUUGCCACAUGAAUAGAAAACUUUAUAUGUUGCAUCUGAAGAAAUGUCCUUUUGCUGGAGUUCAAGUUUUCCAAUUCUGAGUUCUCGUCUGCUUUAUGUGGAGGAAAAUAAGAUUUUAAGCCUUGUUUUGGGAAGUUCUUAAUAUUGGGUAUCUUUAUAUUGAUAUAUAUUUAGGACCUUAUUGUCUUUCUUUAUAUUAAUAGUGAAGAAUGUUAAUUUCCUAACCUUCAUAAAUGGAAGGGGACGUCCAUUUGUUGGCUAUAGUUUACAUUUUUGCCUUGGAAUUAUUGUCAAUACAAUUAUGUAUUUUUUUUGA